AUGCCCAACCAGAAGCCAGCAAGCGCAAAGCUUCUCUCUUGCCCAGGAUGCGAGAAGAAGAAUUUCCAAACUAUCCCGGCCUUGAGGAUGCAUUUCAUCGCCAAAGGGCACAGUGCUAGCCGUUGCCGAAAAUGCCAGAAGACCUUCAACGAUGUCUUGUCUCUGAUACAGCACUAUCAGAAAUACACGAUAUCGACCGAUCCGCCAGCUCUGGUUCAAGUCUCGGCGAAAGCGAAACUGGACAAUGCGCCAUCGCCAGCUCGGAAACAGGAGAAAGCAGAAGUCGUCGUCGCAACAGCGCAUUCUGCGGAAACUCUAAAGGAGGUUUCCAAGGACCCAAAGUCAUCAACGACUCGCCCGAGCCGUGUCCCACUACCCGCUGUUGAAGACUAUGUUGUAGUAGAGCAUCCAGUUGUAGAAGCAGCUACACUGCCGUCGUCAAUACUCCCAAUCAGCUUGACCCCAGAGGAGCAAGAAGCAGUUUCCCGAUCUUUGUCCACACGCUGCCAUCCGCCAAAACGCCUCUUGGCAGAGGGGUACAUCAUAGAAGGCGGGACUGUCAAAAACAAGGAGUUCGUCUGCAAUAGCUGCGUCCCCUUGAACCAAUUCCGAGAUACACCGCGCCCAAGCGAGCAAUCCGCACCCAAAAGACGCGCUGUCGCCAUCGACUGCGAAAUGGUCGAGAUCGCAAAUCAUCGACAAGCACUCGCUUUCCUCAGCGCAAUUGACGCCCUAACAGGCGAGGUCCUCAUCAGCCGGCUCGUUCAGCCGUCCGAGAGAGUCCUACAUUGGAGGACCAGGCAUAGCGGCGUGACGGCCUCACUCAUGUCCAAGGCCGUUGCCUCGGGGGAAGCAGUCAAGAAUUGGAAAACAGCGCGCCAGAUGCUAUGGGCCCUGGUGGAUAGUGAGACGGUGCUUAUCGGCCAUUCGCUAAAACACGAUCUCCAAGUCCUUGGGAUGCGGCAUCCGAAGAUUGUCGAUUCGGCCAUACUGACGGCCGAGGCGGUCUUCCCUGAUCCCUUGGUCACAGGGACAAUGACUCGUUUGUGGAGUCUGAAGAAGCUCGCGAAGGCCUUUCUCGGCGCGGAUAUACAGGUGGGUAAGAAUGGCCAUGCGGCGCUAGAGGAUGCAUUUGCUUCACGGGACAUUGUUGUUCAAUGCAUUAGAAGGCCGGCGCAGUUGGAGGAGUGGGCAAAGAGGAUGCGCGUUGAGGAGAAAGACCGGCAGAUCGCGAGAGAGAUCCAGAGAAAGCUGAAAGCAGCCCAGAAACUCGAAGGGGAUAAGAAGCCUGAGCUGGGAAGGGCAGACCGUAAAGGGACUCGCAGAAAACAGACUAAACCCAACUUGAAGGUCGUUGGGCGAGCGAAGGGACUGGCCCAAACUUGA